AUGUUCCGUCGAGAUUUCUCUCAAGACUUUGAAGGUGUCAAGGACCCUCUCAUGGAGGCUAUAGCAUCCCAAGUGGAUCCACAAACUGUUAUCAACAUUAUUGAAACACAAAGGAAGAGCCUUCGUCGUUUUGAGAAGACCAAUGAAAUGCUUACAAACUGUACACAGCUGAGUGAACGACGCCUAGAAAGAGCUAGAAAAGAUGCAGCCAUCCAUAAGGAGACGAUUAUGCAGAUGAAAGCAGAUUUGGAUUUCAUUUUCAAAAAAAUUCGAUUGUUCAAGAGCAUUCUAUCAGCAACAUAUCCGCAAAUAUACAGUGAAGGUAUUAUCUCAACUACACAGUCUCCAUAUGGUUCAAUAUUAUGUUUACAGUAG